AUGGUGCCAGAAUGGCAAGGAGCUUACAUGGAUUAUGCAUCCCUCAGAUCCAUCCUUGAAGAUGUUAGACAUUUCAAGUUCAAUACCGCACACCACCUUUCUCAUCAGCGUCAUCAUCAUGGUGGAGUUGUUGGAGUGUACAGAACCGUCAGUGGCCUAGUGAUUGAUCGCCCCAUCCUUACCAUCACCAACUCUAAAACCACCACUGCUACUACUAAGACUACUGCAACUAGUACUACUACCACCACGAAUCGACAUCAUAAUCAACAUGGGGUAUUUCAUCAUGAAGAAGAACCAGUCAUUUUAGUUCAUCAAAUCAUGCACCAGAAAGGUGAUCAUGACCUAGAAAAAGGAGGGUCCACUCAUCCAGAUACUACCCAUCAUGAGAAAUAUGAGACUAAGUUUCUGAUGUCAGAUGUGGAAGGAGGAGAAAAUGAAUUAAGAUUCUUCAAAAGACUUGAUGGGGAGUUCAACAAAGUUAAUAAGUUCUACAAAGACAAGGUUGAUCAAGUUAUGAACAAAGCUGCCGUGUUGACAAAGCAAAUGGACGCAUUGAUUGCUUUUAGGGUCAAAAUUGAUGAUUCUGAUCAAGCAAAGUUUGAACACCUAUGUAAUGAAGUUGCUGAAUCUGCUGCUGCAUUCUCCGUCUCUUCAGAAACCCCCACUGUCCCCCACAGUACUGGUAAGUAAUCUCCAACAUUUCUUGUUCAUAUGCUGGAAGAACGGUUAUGUCUUGCAUGUGCAAUUCUAUACCGAUCAGAAUUAUGAACUGA